UUGGUCCCAACCGGCUUCCCAAUGAUAUUCAAUGGGCUUCGUCAAAAAGUAAAACUCAUCAUCAAGAGUGCCUUUCCUCCUCCAAAGUUGCUGGGAGGAGUAUACAAGACUCAAACCAUUCCAGCUUCUGUCCAUAUCCAAUAUUGGGUUGCACCAGCAGUGUAAUACAGGAUUAUGGAUAAUAAUAUGGAAGAGAGGCUUCUGAGUUCAGAAGCUGAUAGUACAAGUGAUCUGAAAGGGAGGAUUUGGGAUGAAUCAAAGAAGAUGUGGAGGGUUGCAUUUCCUGCAAUAUUAACUAGAGUGACAACCUAUGGCAUGCUGGUUGUGACACAGUCAUUUGUUGGUCACAUUAGUCAACUAGAUCUCUCUGGAUAUGCACUUAUGCUAAACGUCAUUAUACGUUUUGUAAAUGGGAUAGUGCUGGGCAUGUCAAGUGCAACUGAAACUCUCUGUGGGCAAGCGUUUGGAGCAAAGCAAUACCAUAUGAUGGGCAUAUACUUGCAACGAUCAUGGAUUGUUGAUCUUGUUGUUGCCACAAUUUUAUCCCCUGUCUUAAUUUUUGCGACCCCCCUAUUCAAAUUACUUGGCCAGGAAGAUGACAUAGCAAUAGCUGCUGGAAAUUUCUCUCUCUGGCUCCUUCCCAUUCUCUACUCCUUUGUCUUUAGCAUGACCAUCCAAAUGUAUCUACAAGCUCAACUCAAGAACAUGAUUAUUGGGUGGUUGUCUGCUUCCUCAUUUGUGCUUCAUGUGUUGUUGUCCUGGAUCUUUGUGAUCAAACUGAACUUAGGGAUUCCUGGAGCAAUGGGUGCAUUGAACAUAUCCAGUUGGUCAAUGAUCAUUGGAGAGUUUAUAUACAUCUUCGGAGGUUGGUGCCCUCAAACAUGGAGUGGGUUCAGCAAAGCUGCCUUCAGUGACAUACUGCCUGUAGUAAAGCUCUCACUUUCUUCCGGUUUUAUGCUUUGCUUAGAGUUAUGGUACAAUGCUAUCAUACUCUUAUUGGCUGGAUAUUUGAAAAAUGCAUCGGUUGCCAUAUCUGCCUUCUCUAUCUGUCUCAAUAUUAAUGCAUGGGAGUUUAUGAUACCACUUGGCUUCCUCUCUGGCACCUGCGUGCGGGUAUCAAAUGAGCUGGGAAGAGGAAAUGCCAAAGCUGCAAAAUUCUCUAUAAAAGUCAUCCUGAGUACUUCAAUUUGUAUUGGAGUGUUCUUCUGGAUUUUGUGUUUAGUCUUUGGUCAUGAUAUUGCAUACUUAUUUACAAGUGAUGAGGAAGUAGUAGAAAUGGUUUCAAGUCUCUCUGUCCUUCUCGCAUUUUCAAUCUUUCUUAAUAGUGUUCAGCCAGUACUCACAGGUGUGGCUAUAGGUGGUGGUUGGCAAGCAGUGGUUGCAAUUGUCAAUGUUGGUUGCUACUAUGUCGUUGGGAUUCCAUUAGGAGUUUUGCUUGCUUAUGUAGCUGAUCUUUCAGUUCGGGGUAUGUGGAUUGGAAUGCUGUGUGGAGUAGGAGCACAAACACUUGUGCUUAUGUAUAUGACAUGGAGAACUGACUGGGAUGACCAGGUUAAGAAGGCAUCAGUUCGUUUGAAUAGGUGGUCGUUGAAGUCUCCAGAGGAGUCUAACCAGAGCACUCUUCAAGCUUGAGGACAGUGAACAAUAUCACUAUUCUCUGCUUUGAAUAUGGAGGAAGAAAUGGAUUUAUGAGAAGAACAUUUGCUAGAAUUUAGAAUAUUGAUCGAAUUAAAAGCCCGCUUGAGAAUGACUCUGAUUAAAAGGCUUUUAUUUUGUAGUACUUUUGCUAGUAGUGCUUCUAUUUGAAACGGGUUUUAGGAGAAUUAUUUGGUGUUUGGA